AUGAAACUUUACGUUGAUCGACACGGGCGUGACUCUUCGUAUCACCACGCGGCCGUCGUUGAAGUGGGAGCCAUGGUGCUCCAAAAUAUGUUCAGCGCCCUCUCCUUUCUCCACUACCGCAAAGACGACGAUUUCGUAGACAGAUUAAGCUACUUCUACACCUCAUCCUUUCUAAUAAUGAUGGCCGUGCUCGUCAGCUUCAAGCAGUUUGGAGGCCGUCCACUGGAGUGCUGGGUACCCGCCCAGUUCACCGCUUCAUGGGAGGCGUACACGGAGAUGUACUGCUGGGCGCAGAACACUUACUGGGUACCCAUCGAACAGGACAUUCCGGUGGACAUCAGCGAGCGGGAGUACCGGCAAAUAUCCUACUACCAGUGGGUGCCGUUUUUCUUGUUGAUACAGGCCUUUCUCUACUACAUUCCUUGCCUUAUGUGGAGGCUGAUGAGCGAUAAAUCGGGUAUUCGCCUGAACGACAUUGUCCAGAUGGCGACUGAGAAGGAAAAUAUCGAGCCCGACUACCGGAUACGAACCAUCGAAUCGCUUAGCCGACAUAUCGAAUCAGCGCUCAGAUAUCAACACACGGCCACUUCCCGCACCCAAUACACGCUCCAUCGAGUGUUCAAAUGUUUCAACAUGCGAUACUACGAGAGCUACGUGACGGGACUGUAUUUGAUAAUGGUCAUGAAGUGGGUCAGAAAU